GCAUUGCCAUUAAUGGACGAACGGGUGACGAGUAACCGCAUGAAGCAAACUGUCUCGAGUGUCUUUUCCACGGGAUUGAAGAGAAACCUGGCUUGGCGUUAAAUCAUGGAACAAGACAACACUUCUGAGGAUGAAUCUGUUGGUCCUCCAGAGGAUGAGGCACCGCGCCGGUUUCCUCUUGGCCUCUCGGACUCGGAGGCCAUGGAGGUGUUGUGGCAGAUGCGGACCCAGCGCCGACAGGCCCAGCCCGAUCUCCCCGACACGGUGACGCGUCUCACCACCCCAGAGGGAAGCGUGGUCUACCUGGUGGGCACCGCCCACUUCAGUGACAGCAGUAAAAAGGAUGUCGCCACGACAAUCCGUGCGGUGCAGCCUGACGUGGUAGUUGUGGAGCUGUGUCAGUACAGGGUGUCCAUGCUUAAGAUGGAUGAAAAGACGCUGCUAAAGGAAGCUAAGGACAUCAACCUGGAGAAGGUUCAGCAGGCCAUCAAACAGAACGGUGUGAUGUCUGGCCUCAUGCAGAUUCUGCUGCUCAAAGUCUCUGCCCACAUUACAGAGCAGCUGGGCAUGGCACCAGGGGGAGAGUUCAGAGAGGCCUUCAAAGAGGCGAGUAAAGUGCCCUUCUGUAAGUUCCACCUAGGAGACAGGCCGAUCCCAGUGACGUUCAAGCGUGCCAUCGCUGCUCUCAGUCUGUGGCAGAAAGCUCGUCUGGCAUGGGGAUUGUGCUUCCUGUCUGAUCCAAUCAGCAAAGAGGAUGUGGAGAAGUGUAAACAGAAGGACCUGCUGGAGCAGACCAUGUCAGAGAUGAUCGGCGAGUUCCCAGCUCUCCAUCGCACCAUUGUGGCAGAACGAGAUAUCUACCUCACUCACACGCUGCGACAGGCGGCCCGCUGCGUAGAGGCCCCACCUAAUGCUGAGAAAGUGCCUGCUGUUGUGGUGGGAGUGGUUGGGAUGGGUCACGUCCCCGGCAUUGAGAGGAACUGGGACAAAGAGCUCAACAUCCAAGAGAUCUUGAGUGUGGCGCCGCCCUCUCGUUUUGGAUGGGUACUGAGGCUGGUGUUCAAAGGUGCCAUGCUGGGAGCUCUGGGAUAUGCCUGUUACCGUGCUGGAGGGGGUGUGGGGAGAGCGUUGCUGUCCUUACCUGCUGUCCAAUCACUACUGGAGAAUAUACGACCGCCUCCCGCCUGACCGAUGCCCUUUUUUUCCCAAAACAGGCUCGGACUCUUAACGACCGAGAAACAUCAGGACAUCAAUACUGAAAAACCAGUGGCCUUAACUACAGGAAGGGGUGCAGGGGGAAGGUAGUUAGGAGGGGUACAAGUUCACGACCGUUGUGAACCGAACUGGAUUUUAAGAGAGUGGCGGAUAUUUGUUCCACUCCUCUGUCUUUCUCUCUGAACCCUCUCCCAUCCUCUCUGUGUCCCUGUCGACACAGGACCGUACUGCCAAAGAACCAGGACAGUACUUUUCCUUUCACCUCUCUUCUUAUCUUCUUUGGUAAAAAAGAAAAAAAAAUUGAAUCUCUGACUUUAUAAGAAUUUACAACUUCUCUUCCUCAUAGUCCUUAUACCCCCAGUUUCUGUAUUCCAGAAAUGUGAUAUUUAUUUUAGUGUGAAAGCCCCCCCAUGUUCUCCACACUGUUAUGUGCUUUAUUUCAUGCCCAGUUCAUCUGUUUGCAGAAGAGGAAGUCUCACCUAACCAUCAAAGGUGUCGUACUGGAGAACAGCAGUGACAGUUCGUAGCAUUUUCCCCUCCCAGUUUGUCCCUAUGUUGAUUAGCUUUUCAUCAGUGAGUGCGGUCCAACAAGCACCCAUAUUCAAAGCCAGCUCUUUGCCAACUUGAUAUCAAGAUCAUUUAAAAAGCCAUUUCCAGGAAAGAAUUAUGGUCGAACCAAAAAAAAAAAAAAAAAGUUAAACCUGAGGGAUCAUGAUGGAUUUUUCUUUUCCGUUCUAAAAUCAAAUAGGUUAUGUAUAGUGUAUGAAUAUGACCAAAGUGAUUUCUUUUUGAUUAUAAAUGUUCUGGUUUUUUUUGGUUUUUUUGUUUUGUUUUGUUUUUUUGUGGAAUAUGUUGAUUUUUAGAUGAAAUUAUCCCCAUAUUGUGUUGUGAUAUCUCCAAAAUCCUUUCAUUUGUAAGUGACGAGUAUUUGUACUGGUUUCAGUAAACUGUGGUUUUGGGGUCGGGGAGAUCCGUUGCAGAAAUGUACACUAUGCCUGUGUGAGCUUACAAAUACUGCCGGUUACAUUCUUAGCCAAGUGCUACUACUGGUGUACCCACACACAUCAUACCAGGACUGUUCAACCCAGGAUCUAAGAUCCAUGUUUAGUCCUGUGUAUUCUAAUCGCUGGUGGUCAAUUUUUCAAUGAAUUCAGCUGAUUGACCACAGUGUGAUCACGCCUGAAUCCUAGGUGAAGGGCUAACAUUCAAGAAUUAACUGGAAUGUCUCCCCACCAAUCUUGUCUUGAUAGGUGAUUCCCCUUAUAAUUUGAGCCCACUGUCUCAUGCAUAGUUACUCAUUUAUAACUUGAUGAAAACACCAAUUAAUAUGUCUGGCUACCUCUGACUUUGUAUGCAUUUGGAUUUUGAAAAUGGCUUUACAAAAAAAAAAAACACUUGCAUAGUCGAACAAGUCGGGAAGUGACGGUUAGCUUGUCCCCAGCAGCUUGUGAAAUACUAGGUUUAACAUACCAUCAAGAAAAGCUUAUCUGUCCGGUCAGGUCCUUAUACUAACCAGAAAUGAGUUUGACCUGAUGGUAUGUUUUAGUUUUUUUUUUCCCCCCAGUAUUCCUAGUCUGGAAUCCUAAUUAAGCACAUACUUCAACAUUUAGAAAAUGUAAAAUCCCUUUUUACUCCCUGUGUUUAUGCAAGAGCUGCAUCUGCUGCAGUUCGUCGAGCUGGAUGUACUGUUUUUUUUGAAAAAGGCAAAGAAGCAAUGUGCACAUAUUUAAGUAAAGACGAUUUCAUGUUCCUCCGACCUUUCCAUUUAUCAGUUCUGAGAUGCAGUUCCCGUCAUUACCCGCCUGCUGGAGUUCAAAUUUCAAAUGGAUUUUCUCAAUUCUGUGUGGGGAACUCUUAGAGGUGGUUCAUUAAUAUGCUGCACAUUAAAUGAGAGAACACUCUGUGGACAGGAAGCGUUGGAAACGUGGGACACAUGCACUUUGAUAAAGAAGCCAUUACUGGAAUUCGUGUUUUUAUCUGGCUGUCUGCUGGGGUUUGCACUGGUAUGGUGAGAAAUGCCGCAGAUCAGGUUGCUGUCUGUCAUACAGUAGUUCUGGGAGUUUAAUGGGUCAAAGCCUUAUUCCGCUUUCACCGCUGCCUUGUUACAUGUUAGACGGUCUCAUACAUCAGCUUCCUCAGCUUUGUCUCUCUCAUUUGUUCAGCGCUGAUGAGUAAGGAGUAAUGCUUGAUUUGUCCUGACUCAGUGAAGUGUAUAGAAUUUGGGGUCCAAUGGGAAGUGAAAUGUCCUUUUUCAAGGGUGCAUCACAUGGAAAAACGUUUAAUGACAAUUUGACUCGGUCUUGUGGUCGUAGAUGAAAGUGAACGCUCACAGUCAUGCCCUCUUGAAAAUGCACCCUUCACUUUCGGACGUUCUCAGAUUGAGGUGGAUGAAAUAUCACUAUGCAUUAUGAGCCAAUGGGGAUUAACGAUAUGUGGGGAAACUUGCAUGUAUGUGAUGAGCUUUUAGCGUGCUCUUUGUCAGUUAGGAAUUGUCUGUAUGCAAAUGUAUUUGCAUGACUAUUAGUACAAGGUAACUGAGCCCUUGAUGGAUUUUGAAGAACUGUAUUGACUUGCACAACUGAAACGGAUGCACACAAGCCACAUCAGAUUCGAUGAUUACUCAUUGACUUUAUUAAACAUUCAUGCUAGUUCUCAUUCUGUCUUAACUACCAGUGUUUACUCAAUCUACAUGAAAGAAAGUGAUUUGUGAAUGCAAGAUCCAAAUGUCUCAAUCAGUGUUCUUUUUCUCUGUUUCUGUCAUUGCAAACAAGCCAAAUAUAAAAGCCUGAUCUCUGUACUGAAUUAUAAUGCUUUUAAAUUAAACAAAUCUUUAAACUCA